GGGGAAGCAGUUUUGUCCUUGUUUGUACUGUAUUUGCACUGCGCUGUCCCUCAGACUAUGCUGGAUCAGGCGACUGAAUGGCAGAAACGAGAGUUAGGGAAGUCAGUAUUUCUUGGACAAAGGGAUUAAGCUACAGUGAAACUAGAGACUCUUAAGAGAACUAACAGGAAAAACAACAUUUUUCCACAUUGUGUCAGAAGCGAGGCAGUUGACUAGUUCGGGCGUGGGACUGGUCAUGCCACCAGCUGUGAGCUCUCUGGAGGUUUAAUGAUCCUCUGCAAUGGCAGCUUUGGCAGGUGCAGAGGUGGGAACUGGACAAGGUGCAGGUGGAGGAAGGCUAUCCUGGCCAGUUUUCCUGCUGACAAUAGCUGCUAUCACCUCCUCCUCUCUUUCGGCUUUAUCCCUGUACCAGCUAGUGGCCCUCAGAGCUGAAGUAGAGGGACUCAAAUCAGACAUCCUCCGCAGAAGAGAAGAAGGGCAAGAGGUCAGAAACGGAGGUCAGACUGAAAAUAUCAGCAGCGAUAGAAGCAGCCAGGAGCCUCUGAACCAGCCUGGCUCUGAACAUGCCUCUGCCCGAAUGAGGAACAAGAGAAUGGUGCCUGAAACACAGAUGUUAGUUUCCCAGUCCUGCCUGCAACUUUUGGCAAACAGUAGCAGAAAAACCUUCAGUAAAGAACUUCCCUCAGGCCUAUACACAGGCAUCCCUUGGCAGGCUGGGCUGAGAAGAGGCUCUGCCCUGGAGGCAAUCGAUGACCGCAUCAUAGUCAGAGAGGACGGCUUCUACUUUGUCUACAGUCAAGUCUUUUACUUGGAUCGUAUCUUUACAAUGGGCCAUGUGGUGAUCCGAUGGAAGAGGUAUGUUGUGGGAAACGAAGAUCCAGAUGUGCAUCUGUUCCGUUGCAUCCAGAACAUGGACCCCGUGCAUUCUUUUAACACCUGCUACACAGGAGGUAUUGUGAAGCUGGAGGUGGGAGAUUACUUGGAGCUUCUGAUCCCCCGGUCUGUGGCCAACGUGUCCCUGGAAGGAGACGCCACCUUUCUGGGUGCUAUAAAACUGGCUUAAAGUGUGUCACCUCACACUGCAGCAAAAGGAAAUGCCAUUGCAGGAAACAGGUUCCACAGCUGGAGGGGAGUAAACAGCAGAACAGUUCUGAUGACCUUGCAUGACUUUUAGUGUUUUGGUGAGAAAAGUAUAUCCUAACUUGUAUAGUCUGACUCCACAUUAAAAAGACAAUGAAACAAGAGACUAUAGCUUUACUAUGUUCAUAUGUAUGACUCAUAAGGAUGAAAAUGUUGCUUAAACCAUCAGAAUCAACCAUGUUUCCUUCAUAUAAUCACAAACAUGGCAUUGCUUCAAAGAGAUUUGCUGUUUAUGUUAAAUCUCUUACACUGUACAAAUCACAAAUGUAAUCUCAUAUUCUGCAGCAACAAUGCAGUAUCACAGAAAUAUGCUGUCUUUACUCUGUAUCUUUUACUGAUGGUCAUUUGAGCUAAUUUCAUCUUAAAUGUCUAACUGGUGCAAAAAUUCUGUGGCAAUAAAGUAAAACUGCAAAACA